AUGUGCGGUUUUGGUUUCGUGGCUUACGGUUUUGAUUGCUGCCAUCGCUCAAUUGAUUUUUCACUAAUGCCAUCGAUUGGCAAACCCGAAACCGAAAUAAAAGUGAAAUGCAAAGUAUUAAAAAAAGGAGAACUUAAACGCCAAAAUAAACAAUUUGUCAUAGUUUGA